AUGCUGUCUACACUCUUGUUCGCUGGAGUGGCCGCGGCCUCACUGACAGUCCCCGAUACGCUCGACGUGAGCGAUACUACUUCCAUCCUGGAUGUCUCCAAGACGCUGGCCUCUGGUGUCAUGUCGUACUAUAACGGCACGGCCGAGACGUUCCAGGACCUGCCAACGCCCUACUACUGGUGGGAAAGUGGAGCGAUGUUCGGAGCCAUGCUGGACUACUCGCACUACACCAACGACAGCACGUACGACGACAUGAUCGCCACGGCUCUGAUGGCGCAGGUGGGUCCAAACUACGACUUCAUGCUGCCGAAGCACUACGGCGACGAGGGCAACGAUGAUCAGGCAUUCUGGGGCUUUGCUGUAUUGGCGGCAGCCGAGCGCAACUUUCCGCAACCGGCAGGACUGACGCCGGCCGGCAUGCCGAGCUGGCUGGACUUGGGCGUCAACAUCUGGAGCAGCAUGGUGGCGCGGUGGAACACGACACAGUGCGGCGGCGGGUUCAACUGGCAGAUCUUUGCGAGCAACUCCAACGGGCUACACUAUCGCAACUCGGUCAGCAACGGCGGGGUCUUCCAUCUGUCAGCGCGGCUGGCGGCUCUGACAGGCAACCAGACGUACGUCGACUGGGCGGCGCGGAUCUGGGACUGGUCGACAGCCAUCGGGCUCGUUGACGAGUACUACAACGUCUGGGACGGCGUGGACGCCAACGACAACUGCUCCAAGGUGAACAUGCUCAGCUUCUCGUACGCAGCCGGCAUCUACCUGCAGGGAGCCGCGGCCAUGGCCAACCUGACGGGGUCGCUGACGGCGGGCACGAGCGAGGCCGACCACCAGCUCUGGUCCUCGCGGACGGCCGGCCUGAUGGCGGCCACGCAGGCGUCGUUUUUUAAUGGCGGGCCGAGCGGCAACGUCACCGACGUCCUUUGGGAGCAUGCGUGCGAGGGCGUCAACACGUGCGACACAGACAUGAAGUCGUUCAAGGGCUACCUGUCGCGCUUCAUGUCGGCCUCGGCCGCGCUGGUGCCGGUCCUGGCCCCAGCUGUGCGUACGUACCUGCGCGCAUCGGCAGCCGCAGCGGCCAAGGCCUGCUCGGGCACCGGUGACGGCGUGCCCACGCCGGCUGGUGCUACCUGCGGCCAGAAGUGGUAUGUCGGCGGCUUCGAUGGAAGUGUUGGCCUGGGCCAGCAGAUGAGUGCGCUCGAGACCGUGCAGGCGCUGCUGGCGCUUCCCGAGGCGCAAGACACGGCUGUCAAGGUGGCUAGCAGGGCAAUCUCAGCGUCUUCACCGGUGACGUCACCGAUGAAGCCCGCUUUAGCUGUCAGAGUGGCGAUGACAUCUGCUGGUGCCCGCGAGAUGGGCGUCCGUUGGUUGGGACUCGGGCUUGUAUUCAGCGUCUCGGCCUGGCUGUUGGUGUGA